GACAUUGUUGUUAUAAUUUCACAAGAAAUCUGCACAUUUUUUUUUCACCAGAAAUCAACAGACCUUAAAUUUGAUCCCAAAAACCUCAUCUCAUUUCCAACUUAAUUGUGAUGGCGCUGUACUUGAAGCAGGCAUCAAUAUUCCCAAUCCAUGUUGCUAGUGUAACUGGAUCCACGAGGAAAGGAGUGCAAAAGGUGAUGAUGAGUGGAUCAGGAUCAGCAGGAGUACCAAAGUAUAAGGGGACGCAGAUGAGAGAGAAACAGCUGACGGAAAUGAUAGAGAAGAAAGUGAAGGAAGCUAAGGAGGUGUGCGGUGAAGACGCCAGGUCGGACGAGUGCAAGGUGGCAUGGGAUGAGGUGGAAGAAGUAAGCCAGGCUAAGGCCCAUCUGCGUAUCAAGCUUCAGCUCAAUCAAGAUCCCCUUGAACCUUACUGUCAAGAUAACCCUGACGCCGACGAGUGCCGCACCUAUGACCAUUAAUUAAUUAUUAUUCGGAUUUCACUGUUGUUGUACUUCUACUCCUCUACUGUAUUUCUCUCCAAUUUAGUAUGAUUAAAGUUAAUUACUAGUACAAAA